CGCAAGCUCUCUUUUGCAAAAAAAAAAUGCAAGAAAGCGGUAAAGCGUCUCACCUGGCUUCGCACCCACACAAUGACACGCAAGAAGACGCAAAGCCUCGCACACGUACCCCCUGCACAAUCGCGCGAUCCGCUCUCGCAAAACACACUCACCGCGUUUAUUAAUAUGCGAUGCUCGCGUUCAGAUACUACAGCAUACACACACACGCAUGCACACCUGCCUCUACACACCCACGCAGACACACGCACACACACACACACCCUGCGGAGCCAGACGGCGCGCGUGACGGGCGCACUGCACAUUCUCUCAUCGGUCAGUCCAGUUCUCACUCAAUCAGUAGCGCGGCAGCAGGCGUGCCGCUCGAGACGCGUGCCGGAGCAGGAAGGCGUCUCCCGAAGCCUGUAGGGCAACCUGCCACCGGUGCCACGACACCUGGAGGGAAAACGAUAGCAGCGACAUCGAGAGCGGCUGCAGCCUGUAAAAGCACCACAGAGAGAUCAGGAUACCGCGACAGCAGGACCGCCGAGCCCAUUGUCAUCUUUGUGACGGCUAGAGUUCGCCGAGAAACUUUUAACAAAGAGCAGAUGUGAUGCCUCUGCUGCCAUCUUGCAAUGUGAUCGACAGUCAUUGAUGCCACCUUCUCCUUGAGGAGGUGCAGUUUAAUGCAACAACAAUGGAACUCUUCCCAGAACUUUACCACCCCAUAACAAACUCUCCCUGGCUAUAUAAUGCCCACGGUGGAGCUGACCACAGUCCCAAUUCCACAAGUGAUUACUAUCCAUUUGGCAAUGAAACCUUCCUAAAUGCAACCGAGAUACCCUUUUCCAGCUCAAGUCUUAGCAUAAGCAGGAUAUUGCUACCCAUGAUCUAUUUUACCGUAUGCAUCAUUGGUUUAGGAGGCAACACUCUUGUCAUUCACAUCAUUUUGCGCUACUCUAAGACCGAAUCGGUCACUAACAUCUACAUCCUCAAUUUGGCAAUUGCAGAUGAGCUCUUCAUGCUUGGACUCCCAUUUCUGGCUGUGCAGAAUGCCCUGUCCUCUUGGCCCUUUGGUUCCCUCAUGUGCCGCCUCGUUAUGACAGUUGAUGGAAUUAACCAGUUCACUAGCAUAUUUUGCCUGACCGUGAUGAGCAUCGACAGGUUUUUAGCUGUCGUCCAUCCCAUUCGGUCCUCAAAGUGGAGAAAGCCUCAAGUUGCCAAAGCUGUGAAUUGCACAGUCUGGGCGGUGUCCUUCAUGGUGGUCCUACCUGUGGUGAUUUUUGCUGACGUCCCAGAGAAAGGGGGCAUCUGUAACAUAGACUGGCCGCCUCCGGCUAAUAUCUGGAGAGCAGCUUUCAUCAUCUACACGUCCACCUUGGGCUUUUUUGGGCCACUUUUGGUCAUCUGCCUGUGUUACUUGUUGAUAGUUUUCAAAAUCAGAAGCUCAGGCAAGAAGGUGCGGGCCACUUCUACCAAGCGUAAGAAGUCGGAGAGGAAGGUGACUAGGAUGGUGGUGAUUGUGGUGGCUGUUUUUGUUUUCUGCUGGUUGCCUUUUUAUGCCCUUAACAUCAUUAACCUUGUGGUAGCUUUACCUGGAGAACCUGAAGGACUCUACUUUUUUGUGGUGGUCUUAUCCUACGCUAACAGCUGCGCUAACCCCAUCGUCUACGGUUUCCUCUCAGAUAACUUCAAAAGGGGGUUCCGCAGAGCACUCUGCCGGUCGUCCCGCAAGGUUGAAAAUCAAGAACUCGCUCAUCAGCAACACCAGUUGCAUCUGAAUCCAGAGGCAACACUUGAGACUCAAGUGCAUGAUGGCAUGGAUGAAGGGGAGGCAACGGAAAUGUGUAAAAUUAUCCCCGUUGCCCAGAACGGCAAUGGAAAUAGGGCAGAAGGCUUGUUACGCCAUCACCACCCAGGCAGUCCAGGAGUGUCUGGAUUGGCCUUGGUCUCAGGAGCAGUGACAUCUCUGGAUUCUAAAAGCCAGUGGAUUCCAGGAGAGAGCAAUGGAAAAGUGCCAGCAGUGUCUGGAACAACAGGGACUCCAUCUUCUGGAGCUGCAAUAGCUGCACCAGUUCUUCUUAAUGGAAGUAAGAAUGGAAGUGCCAUACCCUUGUUAGAGGACCUCCCAGCAGGAGAAAAGAAUACUCUUCUGGAAAUUAGUUACUUGUAAAAAUCACAAUACAUCCAGUAUCAUUUGGACAGAAGUCAAUAGUAUAGUACCAGCAAAAUCGCAGUUGCAGAAAUUGCAGAUCCUGUCACAGGUGUAUGGCAGCAAUGGACAGAAGCUUCAGCUUACCCUGUGUAAAAAUGCGUGAUAUCUGAGGUGA